UCAAAUACCAACAUUAUUUUACGACUUAACCCCAAACCCAAACCAAGAAUCCUCGCCGGGAUCAAAUUCAAAGCAUGUCGAUCUUCGAGUACAACGGAAGCGCCGUCGUGGCCAUGGUCGGCAAGAACUGCUUCGCCAUUGCCAGCGACCGAAGGCUCGGCGUUCAGCUCCAAACCAUAGCCACCGAUUUCCAACGCAUUUCCAGGAUUCACGAUAAGCUCUUCAUUGCUCUCUCUGGCCUCGCCACCGAUGCUCAGACUCUGUAUCAGCGUCUCGUUUUCCGGCACAAACUGUAUCAGCUUCGUGAAGAGAGGGAUAUGAAACCGGAGACCUUUGCCAGCUUGGUCUCUGCCUUGCUCUAUGAGAAAAGGUUUGGUCCAUAUUUUUGCCAGCCUGUAAUUGCUGGAUUAGGGGACGAUGACAAACCAUUCAUUUGCACAAUGGAUUGUCUUGGAGCAAAGGAGCUUGCAAAAGAUUUUGUUGUUUCCGGCACUGCAUCCGAGUCCCUGUAUGGUGCUUGUGAGUCAAUGUUUAAGCCUGACAUGGAACCAGAGGAGUUGUUUGAGACCAUCUCCCAAGCACUACUAUCGUCUGUAGAUCGUGAUUGUUUAAGUGGUUGGGGAGGACAUGUCUAUGUUGUUACACCAACUGAAGUAAAGGAAAGGAUUUUAAAGGGAAGGAUGGAUUAACUUUGUAAGACUGGGUUUCUGUUUGGUUUGGAGCUGAAUGGCAUGGCUUUUAGUUAAAAUGUACCCUGACUGUUUUUAUAGACGUUCUCAAUUGUUCUAUAUUUAGAUUACCAGUGAAAGGAGAUUCUUGAGUUUCUAUGCUUCAGGCAGACAGGGUUGAAUGAUACAAGAAUUGCCUCAUCUAUAUCUCUCCCGUUUAUGUUUUA